AUUUAUUUAUUUAUGUUUUGUGGUUCUUAUGUGUUUUCAACGGAUUAAAACUAAUGUUUAAGUUAGAAUUUCUUCUACUUUAACAGUGGCAGAAGCGGUCCUCCGCGGCAGCAGGGGGCGCCAAAGCGAAGAGAUUUCUUUAGUUUCAGUGUAAACCAUUGAACGGAGGAACUCCUCGUCUCUCGCCGUCGCUUCUUGAUAAAUCCCGGUCGGUGUCCCCCCUCCCGCUCCGUCUCCGGUUCCCGGGCUGCCCGUCCGUCAUGCUGGGGGAACAACGGCUCCGGCUGCUGGUCCGCGAGCGGCUCGCAGCGGCGGCGGAGGAGAUCUUCGGGCUCGUGGAGAGGACGGUCGCGGAGUACCGGGAGGAGGUGGUCCGCUCCCGGCGGGAGAUCCUGCAGCUGCGGGAGCAGGUGGAGCGGCUGAGCGAGCUCCGCCCGCCGGUCCUCUUACCCAAAGCAGAACCGCUGCAGCCCUCAGAGGAUCCGGACCACAGAACCACGGUGGAGACAAAGGAGGAAGUGGACGGUGUGCAGGUCAAACAGGAGCCGCCUGAUCUCUUCUUCCUCGCAGAUGUCCAGGAGAGUCCUCCAGAGGACGCCACGUUGCCUCACUGUGACCUCGAGGCGGCUGCUCGCGGCGUCACCGUGACGCUGAGCGAGGAGGACUGGAGGGGGGGCGAAGGCUCGUCCUCGGGUCGCAAGAACAAGACGGCCUGCCGCUUCUGCGGCGCCGCCUUCAAACGCGACUGCGACCUCCUCAGGCACACGGCCGAGUCUCACUCGGGGAGGAAGGCCUUCAAGUGCCCCGAGUGCGGCAAAGAGUUGGCCCGCAGGGACAGCCUGGUGCUGCACCUGAGGACCCACAGGGGCGAGAAGCCGCACCGCUGCCCCUUCUGCGGCCGCUUCUUCUCGCAGACCUCCAACCUGCGCGUCCACAUGAGGAAGCACACGGGCGAGAAGCCGUACUACUGCGGCUGCUGCCAGAAGAUGGUGGCGCACUCCUACCACCUGAAAAUCUGCCUCCAGCGGACCUCGGCCCAGGCCAGGACCGCGGGGGCGAGGGCUUUCCGCUGCCCCCGCUGCGGGAAGAAGUUCUGUACGGCGGCCGACCUGAAGGUCCACAAGAGGAUCCACGAGGCCAGGAAGUGACCGGGUCCACCGGCUGGACCGGGACCAGAACUUCAGAGCUCGUCUGUAGUCUCUGGAGGUUCUACGAUGAUAAUUCGUCUGAGUUUAUGAACGCCGCAUCAGUUUUGUUGGUUUGUAAACACUUCCGGAUCUGUUCAGCUGUUUUUCUCAUUAAAUUCACAAACUGUUGCUUCA